CCUGUCCAUGGACCAGACCACACCAGCACCACCAAGACAAGACACUGCCGAGCGGCCGCACCAACCACCAACCACCGGAGCGCAGCGGCGAGCACCUUGCAGUCGCAGCUGCCAUGGCUGUCGCUCCCGUGUCCGUUCCCCGCAUCAAGCUCGGCUCGCAGGGGCUGGAGGUCUCGGCGCAGGGCCUCGGCUGCAUGGGCAUGUCCGCCUUCUACGGCCCGCCCAAGCCCGAGCCCGACAUGAUCAAGCUCAUCCACCACGCCGUCACCGCCGGGGUCACCUUCCUUGACACCUCCGACAUCUACGGCCCGCACACCAACGAGAUCCUCCUCGGCAAGGCGCUGCAAGGUGGGGUGCGGGAGAAGGUGGAGCUUGCCACCAAGUUCGGCAUCUCGUUCGCCGACGGCAAGCGCGAGAUCCGCGGGGACCCGGCGUACGUGCGCGCGGCGUGCGAGGGCAGCCUCAAGCGGCUCGGCGUGGAUUGCGUCGACCUCUACUACCAGCACCGCAUCGACAAUAGGGUGCCCAUCGAGGUCACGAUGGGUGAACUCAAGAAGCUAGUUGAAGAAGGAAAGAUAAAGUACAUUGGAUUAUCUGAAGCAUCUGCGUCAACAAUUAGGAGAGCUCAUGCAGUUCAUCCUAUUACUGCAGUUCAACUGGAAUGGUCAUUAUGGUCUAGAGAUGCAGAAGAAGAUAUAAUUCCCACUUGCAGGGAACUUGGAAUUGGGAUUGUGGCUUACAGUCCACUAGGCAGAGGGUUCUUGUCCAGUGGGACAAAACUGGUCGAUUCACUAACCGAGCAGGAUUUCCGCAAGCAUAUGCCUAGGUUUCAACCAGAGAAUCUUGACAAGAAUGCUCAGAUAUUCGAGCGUGUCAAUGCAAUGGCGGCAAGAAAAGGAUGCACACCAUCACAACUUGCAUUGGCUUGGGUGCACCAUCAGGGAAACGAUGUUUGCCCCAUACCAGGCACAACAAAAAUCGAGAAUUUCAACCAGAAUGUGGGGGCACUGUCUGUGAAGCUGUCACCAGAUGAGAUGUUGGAACUCGAGUCAUACGCUGCUGCAGGUGAAGUUGCGGGUGAUCGAUAUCCUCAGAUGGCCAGCACCUGGAAGGAUUCGGAGACCCCGCCAUUGUCGUCUUGGAAAUCUGAAUAGCUCAAUACAAUACCUUGAACUAUGUGCGUUGCUGUAUCUGCAAGUCGGACUGCAGAAGAUGCUCAGAUCUUCGGCACAUGACCGUCCAUAAAAUGUUCUUGUAUACCACGCAAGUGAUGAUGCGUGGUAGUGAGUGUGUAUCACAUACAUACCUCGUUUUGUAUAUCUGUGCUCUAGUGGCACGAUGAAUAAGCUUGUGCACUUGUAUCAUGAGUAUUUAUCAUAGUAUAAUUACACUGAAUUUGGUAAUAGAUGGAAUGGAAGUGCACUUUUCUUGGAA